GGGAAGUCCGGUCAUUUUUCAAAAUUUGUGUGUUGAAUAAACACCAUCGUGUUAUUAAUUUCUGCAAAAUCUUUUUUAAAAAUUCGUAUUACAAAUGAUAUAAAUGUCUAUCAAAGUUUAGGAUUGUUACUGUUUUUUUUCAAACGACGCCAUCUUUUUGUUGUUAUCAUCGAGGUCUGGGCUCUAAUGUUUAUCGUGACGUAUUUUAUGACAACAGCUUUCUGCACGCCGGAAUACUUCAGUUGUCGAUUACACCACUUCAAACAAGUCAUAAAUGUACCAUUGAUUUUACUGUUAUCAUGGUUACUUGUGGUGCUUUAAAUUGUGGUAACUCUUCCACCAAAAAAUCGGUAGCUGAUGUAAAAGGGUGGCAUAACGUUCCCACCGAAAAAGAAAAUAAACAACGUCGUAAGAAAUGGCUAGCAGCUAUGAAGCGAGAUCCACCAUAUCCAGCAGACACGAAUUUCGUUCUUUGUGGUAUGCAUUUCACGUCCGAAUGUUUUCAACGCGAUCUCAAGGCGGAGCUCUGUGGCUCUGUGAGAAAGUUUAUAUUAUUACCAAACGCUAUUCCAUCGGUAUUUUCAUUCUCGAAACGCUUAUUUUACAAUUCCGGGGGACAUUUGUUAUAUUUUAAAAACAUAUAUUGUAAAAAUUUCAUUCAUCAUCUUUACAAUUAUACAUGUUCUUAUACAUUUUAUGUGUCCAAAUCCAUUCCUGAUUCUGUGUAUGGCACGUAUACCCCAUCGGGCUGCGGGUAUUCAUUACGGAUUACCCACACAACACAUGAUGGUAUAGGCUUUCGAUAA